AUGGCCACACUUCCACCAGAAAUUAUUGAGAAAAUUCUGGAACAGAUUUCAUCGAUCGAGAUUCUUUCGGAAAAAUGGGAUCUGGUUAGCCGAACCUUUCGUCGUCUCAUUCAGAGAAUUCUCUCGAAAAGAACCAUUUUUGAUACAACUCAAAAGGAAAAUACCCUUUUCUUUAAUGAUCUUCAUUCACCAGGAUCCUCACAUGAAUCAUGGGCUCUUUUGAGAAAUCUCUCUCAAAGACAAUUCAUUUAUGUCACUCAUUUACAAACUGAUAUUGCAACUUUGAGAAAAAUUCAAUCACAUUCUCAUGAAUGUUUCCAAUCACUUCAAUCAAUCUCAGUGGAUACAGGAAGAGCAAAUGAAUGGGCAAAUCAAUCAACAACAUGUUCAUGUUAUUCAUUUGAUGAACUUGUCAAUCAGUGUCUCUUUUCAUCAACCCGUCUUGUUCACAUUCAAUUGCAUAUCCGUUUGACUUCCUCGCGAGAUUGCUCAUCACUUUGUGAAGUUCGUGAAUUGGCUCGGUGUCUCAAUGAAAAGACGACAGAUUACGCGAGUUGGGAGGUGCAAUUUCACGAUUCGACACUUGAAGGUCAAAAAUGGAUGUCCCCUGUUGAACUGUGUCGAGCUGGCGAUCGAUCAGCUGUCGUUUAUUUGCGAGCUUUGGAUCAAUUGGGAAUUCGAAUCACAAGUCUUGCUUUAAUUGAUGAUUGUAAACCGUCUCCAUACAUGUUAGAAGGGCAAAAAUGUAAGCACAGAAGUCUUUACAUGUGGAAUGAAUUCAAGAAAUGUCAACAACUCUAUAUUGACUACGAUAUUGGCCUAGUGGCAACGUCUUUUGGUGCCCCUCCCCCACUUAUCAAAGAUAGUCUUUCUACCGUACACCUCGAACAAUCUCAUGUUCUUUAUAUCCAGGAAUUUCUCCAUUAUCUUUCUAUUGGAAGUGAUCUUGAUCAUCUUCGCGUUGUUGCCCCAAUUUCUUUCCCUCGUCGCGUUUCAUUGUGUACUCGUGGAUGUUUCCGUGCUCCCGAUUAUGCAUCUUUUCGACCUGAUGGAUGGGCUCAAGUCUCUCAGCUCUUGCCUCAAACCGAAUUCAUCCUCCAAAAUGGUGUCUCAGUGCCUGCUCCUCCAUCUUGCCUUUUAAGUAUUCCCACUUCUUCAUCUCCUCUUUCUUCACUUAUGCUAUUCUCAAAU